AGUGGCAGUAAUGUGCCAAAAAUGCAGCACAGCAUGAGGAACGAUUCAAACGAUUUCUUAUUACUACCUUAUAAAGCAAUGUUAUAUAUUGUAGGAAAUGUAUUGUAGACGUAAAGGACGUAUGCAAAGUAUGUUGUUAAAGGUUUGUAUAAAAUUGAUUUGAUUUGCGUAGAAAAGCUCUACCUGGUACUUUUAAAGUAUUCUGUUCAUUUGGAUACUCCAAUACAGUGCUGAUUUUCUACAAAAACGUACUACAAAAAAAAAAAAAAAACGUAAACGUAAAAACAAAAUUCUAUCAAGUUUUUAUCAGACGGAGCAAAAUUAAAGGACAAGGCAACCAAAAAGGUCCACAACCAAACCCCAAACAUUAUUUAUUAGAAGUUACUUCCAGUUAAUUCUAGGUUCUAGGCACAAGGACCCAGCAGAAACUCUCACCCACAUGCUUUCUCUUCCUUCCUGCCCUCCCCCUUCCUCCCCCAAGCCCAUGUGCUCCUGGAGGAGGUGCAGCGAGGUGAUUUUACCUCUCCUGUGACUGUGUAUGGGCGGGUGGGUGAAAUAUACUGGGAAAGUAAUAGUAGUGAGUGCAGUGGACGCAGAGCAAAGAAAAAGAUGAUGGGUUGACCUUUGGAAAUCAUCUAACCUAAAAAAAAAAAACUGGAGAACAUGGAAGCCAAAAAGGUCCUCCAUUUUGUGCCAUCUGAGGCUCCAUCCACUGGGAGGUCUAAGAAUGGCUAUGUUUUCCAAGAGAUGGAGCUGCAGGAUGGGGAGCAGGAUUCACCUGCCUCCGACAAGGACCACAUCUAUGACAAUGACGUCCAGAUCAGUGUUUCAAAUGGAGGAUCUGGAUGUGGGCUUUUGAACACAACAAGAAAAUACAUAAAGCCCAUGAACUUCCAGGAGGAAGUGCGUGCCCACAGAGAUCUGGACAGCUUCCUGGCCCAGGCGAGCAUCCUUCUGGACGAGAAAGCUUCCACUCUGGACGGGGUCCUGAGGCGAAUGUUAACUCACGUAGUGGAUGACGGCCACGAGAGCUGCGAUGUAAACGAGGUCAUGGCCUCACUGUUCACAGAUGCAGGAGGAAAAGAAAUUAAUGUUCAUCUUCUGUCAGAAACCAUUCAGGGUGUGAGUGCUACGUCUACUGGCAUCCAUUACCAGCAAUCCUGGCUUUGCAUUCUCUCCAACGUGAGGAGCCUCCAGAGACGCCAUGUUUGCGUUGCCCGUCUAGAAAGGCCACAAAACUGGGGAGUCAACUGCUGCGAGGCUCGCUACGUCAUCCUCAUUCUCGCUCCGCCUAGAACGAAAAGCACCAAGACGGCCAUUGAACUGGGCAGAACGUUUGCUACCAUGUUCUCCGACAUCAACUUCAGACAGAAGCUUCUGGAGACCAGGACCCAGGAGGAGUUCAAACAGGAGCUGGUCCAUCAGCGACAACAGCUCUCUAUAGUCAGAGAGAAGGCGGUUGUAGAGGAAGUGGAUGAGUCAGAUCCACGUAAAGGCAAAUCAUUGAAGUGCGGAGAUUUCUUCAAAGCUGGUAAAGGCGUUUAUGAUGACCUCCGUCGCAGACUGCCUCUUUACCCCUCAGACUUCACAGAUGGUAUAACUGGGAAGGACCGCUGUCUCUUGAAGUACACCACCACUGCCAUUUUCCUCUACAUCGCCAUUCUGCUGCCUGCUAUUGCCUUUGGAUCACUGAAUGAUGAAAGUACAAGAGGAGAGAUAGAUGUUCAGAAGACCAUUGUUGGUCAGAGCAUUGGAGGAGUGAUCUAUUCUUUGUUUGCUGGCUCACCUCUCGUCAUUCCACUGACCACUGCACCACUGGCCAUCUUCAUAAGUGUUAUCAGGGGAAUCUGUGAUGACUACGACCUCGACUUUGAUGCUUUCUACGCCUGCAUCGGUUUAUGGAACAGUUUGUUCCUCAUCCUCGGAGGCUUAUUCAAUGUCAGCCUGCUGAUGAAACUCUUCAAACGCUCAACAGAAGAAGUCAUUGCAUUGUUCAUCUCCAUAGCCUUUGUUGGGGAUGCAGUGAAAGGCACCGUCAAAAUUUUUGAGCAUUUCUACCACGGGCCCAUUCUGGCUACCACAAACAGCACGGUUGUGCUGCAGCAGAUUAGUGAAUUAUUGGAGAAAACACAGAAUCAGACAGCAAACCGGCUUGAGCAUCAUAAUGAGACGGUGUCCCUGCUGGAACAUACUGAAGGGCACGCGACAGUCUUCCUGCCGGAGACUUUGGUGCUAUGCACAAGAGAGAGGCCCAUCCUCUGUCUGCUGCUCAUGCUGGGGACCUUGUGGCUGGGUUACGCCCUCUACCUCAUCAAGAGGAGCCCGUAUCUGAAUAACAGCAUCAGAGAGGUGGUUUCCGACUGUGCCUUGCCUAUCUCUGUGGUGAUAUUCUCCUUCAUUGGCUCCUACCUUUUCCUUGACAUACAGCUUCCUGUAUUCAGCGUGCAUGAUGGCCCGAUCUUCAAGUUCCCCCCAUUUGACAAGUUGACGGGAAUGAAUGCUCUGAGUGCAGUCGGGCUUGGUUUUCUCCUUGCAUUGCUCAUCUUUAUCGACCAAAACAUCGUCAUCUCGCUCACACAUGUACCAGAGCACAAGUUGCUAAAAGGCACAGCGUUCCACUGGGACUUAAUGCUGACCGGCUUCAUCAACAUCCUCAUGUCCUGCCUGGGGUUGCCAUGGAUGCACGCCGCUUUCCCACAUUCCUCCCUGCACGCCCGUCAGCUUGCCAAAGUAGAACAGCAUGUAGAGAACGGACACCUCUACACGACUAUCGUAAGUGUGAAGGAGACACGUCUGACCUCAUUGGCUGCCAACAUCCUGAUCGGCCUGUCAGCGUUCAUGCUGCCCAUUCCUCUGCAGUGGAUCCCCAAGCCCGUCCUCUACGGACUCUUCCUCUACAUCGCGGCCACUUCACUUGAUGGGAAUCAGAUGGUGGACCGCAUGGCCUUGCUGCUAAAGGAACAGACCUCCUAUCCUCCCACCCACUACAUUCGCCGUGUGCCACAGAGGAAGGUCCACUACUUCACAGGGCUGCAGAUGAUCCAGCUGAUCAUCCUGUGUGCAUUUGGGAUGUAUCCUCUACCCUACAUGAAGAUGGUCUUCCCCCUCCUGAUGAUCCUGCUGGUCCCUGUGAGGACCACUCUGCUUCCCAGAAUGAUCGACGCCAAGUACCUGGACAUCAUGGACUCCCAGCACAUGUAACGCAACAGACCAACCUAUUAAAAAGAUUAUUAUUCUCCUGGACGGGAACAGACUCAGAAUGGUGUUAAAAACUGCACGUGGACUGCAAGAUUUCAAUCCAAGCACUUGUUGGUGACUGAUGACCAUUUACAGCCUUCAUUUGCUUUCUCUCUGUGUUCAUUAUUGAAUUGCCAUAAAUGUUGCUGGCUUCAAUGUGUAACAUUCUCACAUCUUUAUAGUGUACAUAACACUAUCGUAAUUAAGGGUUUCACGUACAUUCUAUGUAAUAUUUAAGAAAAAAAGGAAAUAAUUUCAAUGCCAGCAUUUAAAGUGUGAAAAAAUCCAGCGUGAAAAAGAAUAUCACACCGCAGAGAGAAGUGUCACAGCACAUUAGUUUUUAAUCAAUAACACUGAGGCCACGUUUCCGAACACAAGUUCUAUUUUCUUCUCUUUUCACUUUGAAGAGGCACAUAGCAUGUACUGUAUGUUAUUAUAGAAGACAACUGGUAAUGUUGGGUUUAAAUCAAACAUAAUAAAACCCUUUAGAGGA